AUGAGCUUACCAUCCUCAUCAUCCAUCACCAUGAUUGAAACUUUUAAUCAUCAUCAAGGUAUUUUCAGUGGCUUAAAUUUUGUUCUUUCCAUUUCCGAAGAAAUUUCAAGUCCCAAUUCAGACUCACCAUAUUCAAUCACAGAGCUCAUUCGAAACGAAGGAGGAAAAUUGAUGAACAAAAUAUCGAACAAGAUUCAUUAUUUGAUUUUUUCAAAUGGAAAAGCUGAAAUUUAUAAGAAAGCUCUUGAAAAACACAUUAAAAUUGUCGAUACAUUUUGGGUGAGAGAUUGUAUUUUACAGCGGAAAAUUUUGUUGGAUACAGAGAUGCUGAAUGAUAUCACACCACCAAAACUGGAACCUGUUUUGAAACGAAAGAGAGUUGAUUCAUCAAAUUUGCCAACCGAAAAGAUGAAAAAAUUAAAUUCUAAUUCCACCAACAAACAUGAACAGAAAGAUGGACAUACUGUGCGUGCUCAUGACCAAACUAAAACAGAGACCACAAUGAAGAAGAAGAAGAAGAAGAAAAUUAAUUCCACUUUGUCUUGCAUUAUUGGAUGUCAAGAAAUGAUUCAUUUCCCUGAGCUUGGGGUUUUCAAUUUAUUAGGAAAGAUUGAUUCUGGAGCCAAGACCAGUUGUUUAGAUGUAAUGAAUGUGAUACAUGAUGAUGUGAAAAAAAUUUUGAAUUUUGAUGUUGUUUUGGACAGAAAUGAUCGAAAUAUUGUUCAACAUGUGACUGAAUUUCCAUUCUCAAACACAACAAAAACAGUAAUCUCUUCGAAUGGUCAUUCUUCUACAAGAUAUGUCAUUCAAACAAAGGUUUCCAUUGGGGAUGGCUCACAUGUUCGCACAAGUUGCAGAGUUCACGCUUAUGGAAAGACACAAACUCAGUUGUCCUGUGUUAAUUGGGAGAAAUAUUUUGCGAUUAGGAGGGUUUUUGAUUGA